AUGGUUUUACCAAUUGAAGAAAAAGAUACAAUAAGUAAAUGUGAAGACGUUAAAUUUGCCGGAUGGGGAAAUACUGGAGCAUCAAUGGGACUUCCAUUUGAAAAUUCAGAUCAACUUCAUUAUUUAAAAAUGCAAAUUAUUGGUCAACAACAAUGUAACCAGAAAUCAUUGUUACAAGUUCAAGGACAACAUAUUUGUGCUUAUAAUGAUAAAUCAAAUGGUAUUCGUUUUGGUGAUAGUGGAAGUCCAUUGAUUAAUCAAGCUGGUAAACUUAUUGGCAUUAGCUGUGGGCCUAUUGAUAGUCUCAACUAUGAUAUGCAUCCUGAAAUUUUUACCAAUGUCUUUUAUUUUGUUAAAUGGAUUAAUGGAAACAUUGCAACUAAAUCUAUUCAUAAAGGAAGAAAAGUUAACAGUACCACUUGGGAAGAAUUUAAAGCAGUUGUAUCUAUCCAUCAACUUGGAAGGCAUAUUUGCGGUGGUGCUGUAAUUGAGAAUGAUUAUGUUGUAACAGCAGCUCAUUGUGUCGUUUAUUUAUCGAAAAAAACUAAACAAAAUUUACAAGUAUUGAUUGGUUCAUUUGAUCAGACCAGUGGUGGCUUCAAGCUUAAUGUUGACAAAAUAAUUCAUCAUGAACAUUACAAUCCAACUUAUCCAUUUCUCAAUAAUAUCGCUCUUUUAAAACUUGAUGAAUCACUUUCUGAACUUCAACGCAAAAUGGUUUUACCAACUAAAGAAAAAGAUACAAUACAUAAAUGUGAAGACGUUAAAUUUGCCGGAUGGGGAAAUACUGGAGCAUCAAUGGGAUUUCCAUUUGAAAAUUCAGAUCAACUUCAUUAUUUAAAAAUGAAAAUUAUUGGUCAACAACAAUGUAACCAGAAAUCAUUGUUACAAGUUCAAGGACAACAUAUUUGUGCUUAUAAUGAUAAAUCAAAUGGUAUUCGUUUUGGUGAUAGUGGAAGUCCAUUGAUUAAUCAAGCUGGUAAACUUAUUGGCAUUAGCUGUGGACCUAUUGAUAGUCUCAACUAUGAUAUGCAUCCUGAAAUUUUUACCAAUGUCUUUUAUUUUGUUAAAUGGAUUAAUGAAAAGACUGGCGGAAAUAUUGAUGAAUUAUAUCAUUUUUAGAUGAAUAAUUUUUGUUGAUCAUU